AUGGAUAAUGUCUGUCCUGAUGUUUUCAAAAGUUCUGCUUUAUUUGCAAGUGCAGUGCUGAAGGAAUUGGCUCAUAGGGCACACUCUUCUAAUCUUAUGGAUCUCACUGCAUCACUAAACGAAAACGCUGGAUACUUUGAAGACCAAGCUUGUGCUGUGAUAACAGAACUAUAUAACAUUGAUCGGGAAAAAGCUCUUACAACACUGGUCACAAAGGUUAAUCGGUACAAUACGACCCCUUUAGACAUUGCGUACUCGCAAAAGUUGACAAAAUUUAUGGCCCACACGGCCUGUCAAGCAAAGAUUAACAGUCUAUGGAGUGGAGAUAUUGCAAUGUACACACCACCAUGGAAGAUUGGUAUGGCAGUUUUCCUUCCAAUAUUGAUCAUUCAAAACUUCAGAUUUAUUGAUAUUCCAAAGAAAGAUCCAUGCCAACCUAGACUUCAGGCUCAACAACCGAAAAGGAACAACAAUAUCACUUCAUGGCAAUGGAUAGUCUACUGUCUUUACAUGUUUUACAGAGCGCCGGUAACAAAAUUCGUCAUUUAUCUGGUGUCUUACUUCGCAAUGUUGGUGAUCUUUGCAAUAUUUGUGCUUACUGAUUUAUACCCUUUGUCAGAAAGACCACCUUCUACGCUUGAAUAUUUGACUUGGAUUUGGACUUUAUCACUAUUGAUAGAGGAAAUAAGACAGAUAUAUCUGACACACAGGGGAUCAUUGAAACACAAUCUUCAGUAUUGGGCUAAAAACGUAUGGAAUAUAUUCGACAUUAUAAUGUAUCUCCUAUUCAUCUUGCCAGUGUUUCUCAGAUGUUUGCUGAACUCGGACCAAUUCUACUUUGCUAGAAUGGCUUAUGCAAUCACCUUAUCUAUGUUUAUCUUGCGCAGCAUGCAUUUCUUCUUCGUCGAUAGGUAUAUCGGGCCUAAAGUGGUAAUGAUAGGAAGAAUGCUUUCAGACCUUGCAUUUUUCAUUUGUUUGUUUGCACUAUUCGUAUUCAGUUUCGGCAUCAUGUACCAAGCUGUUUUGUUUCCGAAUUCGGUGCUAGCCCCUUGGGAGCUGUUAAAAGAUCUUGUUUAUUUUCCAUACUGGCAGUUGUACGGCGAGCUUUAUUUAGAUCACAUUGAAGGGAAAGAACCGUCGGAAUGUACAAAUGAUUAUGAGUUAUACAUUAACGGAACAAUGGAUCGAUGUGCACAAGCCAACCAAUUCAAUUCUACUAUAUUGGCUGUUUAUCUGAUUCUGACAAAUAUUAUGUUAGUCAAUAUUCUUAUUGCGAUGUUUACGACUACAAUUGAGAAAGUACAAGAUGAUUCUGAAAUGAUUUGGAAAUUCAACAUGUAUGAAUUGGUAAAAGAAUGCUAUGAAAAACCAAUGUUUCCAAUUCCAAUACUUAUACACUUAUUUAGACUAUUCAUAUUAUGUCAAAACAAAAUAAGAAACCAGUAUGAAACUGAUUUUGAAUUGCUCCUUACAUUCGAAGACAUGGAAAAUCUAAAUAUUGUUGAACAUUUUGCUUUGCAAAAGUGUCAAAAUGAAACUGCCCGUGCUGGUAGUAGAUAUAAUGCUAGAAACAUGAUGACAGAUGAAAGGGAUAUGAAUACAGAAGCCGAUUUAACCCCUACCCAGAAAGACAUAAAGGAUUAUGUGACUGAGGUGAUACGUCAAAUUGCUUUACGACAACCAAUUGUAUUAGUAGAUUUGCCUAGGCGAUAACAUACUAUUGAAAAUGAGUCAAUACAAUUUGAAUGACAUCUUGUAGAAGCAGACUUCGCUUAAAAUAACAUUGUAAAUAGUCUUUAUUGUGGACCAAGUUUACUUUUGAGGUUAUAUACACCUCCAUGAUAUGUAAUCUGAUGUAGAAAAAAGAUAAAAAUAGUGUAUCAUGUUUAUAAUCUUUCCGAAAUUGUUUCAUUAAAUAUAGGGUAAUAUAUCAAUUAGUUAAUGUAUGUGCGUAUGUUUGUUUGCUUGCUAACAGUUGUGUAUUCUAUAUGAUAAACUCUAAAUUCAAACUUAAGACACCAGUUUUUGUUUAAAGAAUUGGCUUCAUUCCGUUUUAAUUUGGGAAACUAUUUUCUUUCAAAUGUGUUAUCUUUCUCGCGAAACUGAUUGAUGAAAAAUCCAUUAAAUGUACAUCGAUUGAAAGUACAUGCAUUUGUUUACAUACAAUUUUAGUCCCAAAAUAUUAAAAUUCUAUCAAAAUCCUGGCUCAUAUUUUCUUUGACUCGUUGAUUUUUUUCAAUGUGUCCAAAGUAAAAAUUGUUGUUUUACCAAAAAAAAAAAAUGUUCAUAUCUAUUCAGUAAAUACAAUUAAGGGGGUGGGGUUAAAUUAAAAAGAAAUUGAUAAGAUGUGAUUUGUUUUGGAAACAAACAGAAAGUCUAGAUUGGCAAUUUUAUUUUUGCAGAUGCUUUGACUUUAAUAAACAUUGUAUGUGUUGUUGUUUUUUUGUGUUAUUGCAAUAUCCUAAUGUCAUUUCCCUUAUAACAUUGUUAUUAUUUUGACUAUAGAUUUCUUUUUCUAAGUAUUCAGUGGAUUUCUUAAGUUGCUUAGAGUUUAAUUUGAUGCUGACUUAAAUUACAAAAAGAGACAUAAAUGAAUAUGUUGGUAUUAAGAUUUAGUACAUGUAUUUAUUAUUAAUGAUAUAUCUUUACUUGGUCAAGUCAACCUCUGUUUUAACUAUUGUUUUCA